AUGGCGGCGGGUUCUUCGUCUCCGUUGGACGCAGGAAACGACGAAAACGACGACGAGGACAAACAACAACAACACCAACAGUUAAAUCAUCCGUUUCAACACGCGGCGACGACGGAACCAUCCGAAGCGGCCAAAUUGUUUCGGGAAAGCGUGAAGAAACACGUGAUUGAAACGAGAACAGAAACGACGGCGGCGAGGAGGAAAAGCAGAGGUGACGAUGCUUUAGACGAGCAGGGGGAGGAGGAAAAGGAGGAGGACGAAGGUGAGAUUAAAGAGGAUCGCGAUGAUGAUGACACGGUCGCUCGAUACCAGCGGCAAAAGCGAACGAGUUGCGUGCACGAAGUGGCUAUUCCAAAGUCUCUCAAAUUAAGUGCCAUGGAGGUAUCGCUAUUAAAGACGCCGACAUUUUCAUCGGAGAAAUACGCGAAGAAGUACGCGUUCGAGUUAGACGCGUUUCAGUCGACCGCAGUGGCGGUUUUGGAACGAGGCGAGUCGGUGAUGGUGGCGGCGCACACGUCGGCUGGGAAGACGGUUGUCGCGGAAUACGCGAUAGCGAUGGCGUUUCGCGAUAAGCAAAGAGUGAUAUACACGUCGCCGUUGAAAGCGCUGUCGAAUCAAAAGUUUAGAGAGUUAGAAGAGGAGUUCGGGGACGUUGGUUUGAUGACGGGGGAUACGGUGAUUAAUCCGAACGCGACGUGUUUGGUGAUGACGACGGAGGUUUUGAGGUCGAUGUUGUACAGAGGCGGGGAGGUGAUUCGAGAGGUGCGAUGGAUCAUCUUCGACGAGGUGCACUACAUGAGAGAUCGAGAGCGAGGGGUGGUGUGGGAAGAGAGCAUAGUGUUCGCGCCUAAAAACGCGCGGUUAGUUUUUUUAUCGGCGACUUUGCCGAACGCGUUGGAGUUUGCCGAGUGGGUGGCGAGUUUACACGAACAUUGCGUUCACGUCGUGUAUACCGACCAUCGGCCGACGCCGUUGCAACACUACGGUUUUCCGAAGGGCGGGAAAGGAUUGCAUUUAAUCGUCGACGAGGUUGGGAAUUUCAGGCGGGAGAAUUUCGAAAAGUUACGCGCGGCGUUGAAGAAUAGUGGUGGUAAUAGCGGAAAUAGCGGCGGAGGACGAGGAGGACGAGGCCCGGGACGAGGAGGACGAGGAGGACGAGGAGGAGGAGGACGAGGUAACGGACAACACGGCAACACGCAAGACGAGUCGGAUAUUUUACGCAUCACUCGGAUGAUUAAAAACAAAGAGUUCUUCCCCGUGAUCGUGUUUUCCUUCUCUCGAAGAGAAUGCGAGGAGUACGCCAAACAGUGCAAGAAAAUUCACUUCAACGACGAGGAAGAGGCGGAAGCCGUGGAAGAAGUGUACACGAACGCGUUGAAGUGUUUAGACGAAGAAGAUAGAAAAUUACCCGCGGUGCAAGGAAUAUUACCCCUGUUGAAAGCGGGCAUUGGAAUUCACCACUCGGGUUUACUCCCGUGCUUGAAAGAGCUCGUGGAAAUCCUCUUCAGCGAAUCCUUGAUCAAAUGUCUCUUUGCGACGGAGACGUUCGCGAUGGGUUUGAACAUGCCCGCGCGAACGGUCGUUUUUACCGCGGUGAAGAAAUUCGACGGAAACGAAGAACGCGUUAUAGCACCUGGAGAGUACACGCAAAUGUCCGGACGCGCGGGUAGACGAGGUAAAGACGAUCGAGGCAUAUGCAUCGUCAUGGCUGAUGAAAAAAUGGAGGAAUCCGCGAUGCGCGAAAUGUUACAAGGCAAACCGCAGGCAUUAAAUUCAGAGUUCAAGUUGAGUUACUAUUCUAUUUUGAACCUGUUAAAACGAGCAAGCGGAACUAUGGACGCGGAAUUCGUCAUUCAACGAUCGUUUCACUCGUACCAGCACGCCAAAGCGGUUCCAGGAAUGAAAGUCGAACGCGACCGAGUGCGAGAAGAAAUUGCCGGAAUAGAUGAAAAACUCAAAAACGUGAGCAAAGAAUCCACCGAGUAUGGAAAACUCAUCGAACGGGCGCGUCGACUGGAAAAAGAGUUGAAACGUCACGAACUCGAACCGACAAGAGCGAUGAAGUUUCUCACGCCGGGGAGAUUGCUGAAAAUCCGCAACGGUUACGACGAUUUCGGAUGGGGGUGCGUCGUAAACGCCUAUCAACUCUCGGACGAGAUGUUGAGAAUGCGAGGGAUUGAUCCUUCGACGAAAGAUAUCGCACCGGAAACGGUCGUCGUUGAUUGCUUAAUGCGCGUAGGACCGGGUGCUUCGGAAGGUAUAUUGACUCCAGCAGAUGUCAACAUCGACGCCGGCGGGACGAUUUUAGAAGGUGAAAAGAAAAAACGUAAACGAAACACGACGGAAAUCGUUCCCGUCAGUCUCGCGUUGGUGGCGAACAUCGGUGAACUCAUUUUAGAACUGUCCGACGAUCUUCGCGAUUCGACGUCGAGAGACGCGGUGUACGAGAGCGUUCGCACGAUUGUGCAUACGUUCAAGGAGAAGAAAGGUUUGCGGGACGUGCCGAGUUUGGACGCCGUGAACGCGCUAGGGUGCGUCGAAGUUUCGUACGCAUCGAUGGUUCAAGAACUCGAGUCUGUUCGCGAAAAGAUUAAAACACAUCAACUGUAUGAAGCUGGAGACGACGAAGAAGAGAUGUAUUACGAAAAACAAAAGACGCUCAGAGCGAAGAUGAAGGAUAAAAACGCCCCGAAAGAGGAUUUUGACGAGAAAGCGAUGUUUGAGAAGAAAGCGACUCUUGAGGAACGAUCGAGAGUGUUAUCUUCGCGCAUAAAAACGAGCGAACUGUCCAAGUUUCGCGACGAAUUAUCUUCGCGUUCAAAAGUUUUACGCAAACUCAACCACGUGGACGCUGAAGGCGUCGUUUUACCCAAAGGCCGAUGCGCGUGCGAAAUCGACACGGCGGAUGAACUUUUGGCCACGGAGUUGAUGUUCAACGGCGCCUUCGCGAAAGCGACGCCGAGAGAACUCGUCGCGUUGUGUUCCAUGUUUGUUCCAACGGAAAAGUCGAACCAAAAGCCAACCAUACCGAAAAAUCUAGAGGUGCCAAUCAAAGGCGUUUUAGACGCGGCGAAACUCAUCGCCAAUACGCAACUGGAACAAAAACUCGAAAUCGACGUGGAAAAAUACGUCGAUUCGUUUCGAACGUUCUUGGUGGAAAUCGUGCACGACUGGGCGGGAGGAAAAACGUUUUCGGAAGUGUUGUUGCGAACGGAUUUGUUUGAAGGCACUAUCGUUCGCGCCAUGCGUCGAUUGGACGAAUUGAUGUUAGAGCUCGGCAGAGCGGCGAUGGCGUGCGGGGAUGAGAAUUUACGCGAGAAGUUUGAAAAAGGAGCGGAGUUGUUGCGAAGAGGCAUCGUCUUCGCGCCUUCGCUGUACGUGUAG